AUAGCAUAAUAAUCUACAAUGUUUAUGAAUUUAAAAGUCUGUAUGACAUGCUAUUCCAUGAAUCGAAAAAUGCCUUUCUAGUUAUUUAGUAUGCUUUUUUAAGAAAAUCCUUAUUAAUCUGACGACAGCUCAUUGAUGUAAAUUUUUAUUGCGUUUGUGUUUGAAUUACUAAAGAAUUAAAAAGAUCGUAAAACAUCUUCGUUUACGUGCUGAUAGAGAUCAUCAUAUUGAAUAAAGCAUGGUUCCUUCUUUCCGUAUUUUAAUUUCUCUAAUCUAUCUGGUUAAAGAAAUCGCUGACGUGAAAUGUGACGAAUGGCUACACAAUCCGGAAGUUGAUCGGCAUCUUCAACUUGGCCGUGAACUUUUAGCACAAGGAAUGUAUGAUGAUGCAUUAUCACAUUAUCAUGCCGCAGUUGAUGCGGAUCCUUACAAUUAUUUAACUUAUUAUACCCGAGCUACUGUGUAUCUUGCCAUUGGGAAAGUUGUGUCUGCUUUGAAAGAUCUUACAAAAGUCAUUGAGCUUAAGCCAGACUUUUCUGCUGCAAGAGUUCAAAGAGGAAAUCUCCUAUUGAAACAAGGAAAAUUGGAUGAAGCUCAUAUUGAUUUCGAAAAUGUUCUUCGUAUAGAUCCAAUGAAUGCAGAUGCUAACCAUGGGUAUGGUAUCAUAGAACCUUUAAGAAGGAACAUGCAAGUGGCAUAUGAAAUGGUAUAUGAUCGGAAUUAUCAUGAAGCCAUUGCGGUAUUGACUCAACUAUUGCAGGAUGUUCCAUGGGAUACAAAACUGAGAGCGAUGCGAGCUGAAUGUCAUGAAAUGGUUGGAGAUCUCAUGAGCUCCAUCAGUGAUCUCAGACAGAUCUUGAAGUCGCAGACUGAAAAUCAGUUACGAUACCUAAAAUUGAGCGAGCUUUAUUAUGAAAUAGGAGAAACUGAAGAAGCAUUGAAUGCUAUAAGAGAAUGCUUAAGAUAUGAUCCUGACCACAAGGGAUGUUUUGCACAUUAUAAACAUAUUAAAAAAAUAGCUGGACACUUAAAAGCCAUUCAAAAUUUCAUAAAUGAGGGUAAUUACAUUGAUUGUGCUGCCAGAGCUGAAAACGCUCUCCCCUUAGAAGCAAAAGUAUUCUACAUAAAGCAUCUUAUAACUUCAAAGCAAUGCUUUUGUCUUAGUAAGGCAGGAAAAGCUACUGAAGCUAUAAAAGCAUGUGAUGCAGUUUUAGAACUUAAAUCAGACGAUAUUGAUGCAUUAUGUGACAAGGCGGAAGCUUACAUUUCUAUAGAAAAUUAUGGAGAAGCAAUUCAUGCCUAUCAGAAAGCAAUUAGUAUUGAUGAACAUUCCCAGAAAGCUCACGAUGGUUUGCGCCGUGCUCAAAAGUUAGAGAAACAAUCAAAGAAAAGAAAUUAUUAUAACAUCUUAGGCGUAAAAAGAAAUGCUGGGAAGCGAGAAAUUUUAAAAGCAUACAGAAAACUAGCUUCCAAAUGGCAUCCUGAUAACUUCCAAGGGGAUGAGAAAAGUGUUGCAGAAAAGAAAUUUAUCGACAUUGCUGCUGCCAAAGAGGUUUUGACCGAUCCUGAAAAAAGACAGAAGUUUGACAAUGGUGAAGACCCUCUAGACCCAGAAAGUCAACAAGGUUUUAAUCCUUUCCAACAAGGUUUCAAUCCCUUUGAACGCGGUAGCCCAUUCACAUUUAAAUUUCAUUUCAGUUGAUUUUUUUUUAUUACUUAAUUUAUGCAGACCUUUCUAAGUGCCUCCGAAUGAAAAAAUGAAACGAUGUGAUGAUUUUUUACUUAUAUAAUAGAAAGAAAAUGUAGUUACAACUCCUCUCAAGUUAUAAAACAUGAACUUCUGGGAUGUUAGACUUCUUUUAAAGUAGUAUAAAUUAUUAUAGCACAUUUUCGGGCUUUUCUAGUCACAUGAUUUGUAAAAUUGCACUUAUGAAUGUAAUAGUUUUUAAUUGAAAUUCAAUAUUUAUUUUUAAUACUGUAGCGUUAAAGCUUGACCUCAGAAAGAUGGUAGAUGAUCUUGAAGCAGAAACAUCAUUUGUAUUAGGUAGAAUCAGCCAGAAAGUGCCAAGUAAUAAGAGGUGCAUUUUUGCUGAUCCUAUCCAUUACAAAAAAUAAAAUAAACUACCUAUUACAAAUGAUAUUAAUGAUUUUUCUACUUAAUGGUCAUCCGCCAUCUCUGUGGUCAAGAGUAGAUGACCAAGUCUCUGUGGUCAUUGCUUUUUAAAUGUUUAUUUUGUGAUUUGAAAAUUUUAUUUAAUUAAUUUAUAAAACUUUGUUUUUGUUGUUACUAAGUGCUGCCAGAAGUACAAAGAUAGAUGUUUAGUUUUUUAGUAGAGGUUUUUAUUUUUGCAUUUUUCAUUUCAUUCGAGUGAUGAUUUGCCGAGUUACUUCUUGCAUUUUAAUGUAUGAAAUUUCCUACUGAUUAUAAAACCUUAUAACUUAAAAAAAAUGCAGUGUUUAUUUUUUCAUCUCAAGCAUACUAUAGUUUGUAUACUUAUUUGAUUUUAAGAAAAUAUUAAAAUGUGUCAAUUUUGUGUUUUCAAAAAUAAUUUCUUAAAUUGUUAUUAGUGCCAUUAACUCAUGUUAGAGUUAUUGAUUUUUCUAUUUUGAAAGCCUUUUCCUACAAAUGUAAAUUUCCAAUCAUUUUUGUCACAAUGUGACUAAUUUUUCCUAUUUUCUUUCUUUUUUCUUUGUGCUACUAUCUUAAUCUAUAUUAUUAUAUUAGAUAGUUUACUUAUGUAAUUACAUUUUGAGAACAAAUUUUCUUUAAAAUGUUUGUACCUAUUUUAUUAAUGAUUAUUUUUGCAAGAAGCAUUUUGUAUGGCUGCAGUUAUUUUUCAUUCCCUUCCCAUGUUUUGAAAUGCUUCAGUAAAAGUUUCUUUCUCUGUUAGCAAUUGCAAAUUAGCGAAAAAUCCAGUGUAUAAUUUUUAAUUUCAUUUUACAAGCAUGAAUGAUUAACAAAAUUCUGUGUCCUUUACUUUAUAACUGUGAAAGCAUUGUCAUGCUUUUUAUAUGAAAUUUGAUUUUACCUUUCAGAGGUAAAACUCCAUUCACAGAACUAAUCUUUUUCCACGAUUGUUUAUUAUUUGCAUAUUAGUAAGCAUUUAUUGGGUGCUAUUUAAUGGUAUAAGUAUUACAACAUGUACUGAAAAUUGAAAAAUAAAUAUUCUGGAUUGCGAGCAUUUAGCUCUAAUUUGAUACUUUAAUAUUUUAUAUUUCCCUGAAUUUUUGGAAUUAUCUGUGAAGUAUUCGUGUUACAUUAUUGUUUUGUAACCAUUAACAAUUUUUACAUGAUAAAGAAAAGGUAUGUUUCUUUUUCUUCGUAAAUUACUUGAAAUAUGAGGCAAUUGAGCAAUGCUGAGGAUGUGCAGAUGUUAGAUUUUCUUUUUCUUUCUAAAUGUAAAAUGUUAAGAGCCACCAACCAAGCUUGGAGUUCUCCUCUUGCUGCUUGAACCUGACAGACAGUUAGCAGUGAUAUUGAUCACUUCUUAUUGGUGGGCUGUAGUAUUGGGGAUAUCAAAACACGUGCCAAUAUGUGAGUGAUUCAAAGUGUUAAUACAUAUAAAUAGAAAAUAAAUAAAAAUAAUUCAUGUUAUGCUGUUUUUUCUAAAUAUUUAAUUGAAGCACCUGGAAGCAGAGGAUUGUAAAUGUAAAAAAAAUAAUUUGGAGAUAACUAGUACACAUGUUUUAGAAAGUACAAAUAUUGUAUGUUUUGUAAAUGCAAACUUCUCAAUGCAAGCCGACCUAUGGUUUGAAAUCUGUUGGCGAUUUACACAAAACUUUUAAAACUUCAUGUACACCCCAUUGAUUCUUACUGCCUCAAUUACAUUUUCUACUAAACUUAAGUUGCCAUAAGAGUGACAUCACUGAAUUAAUACUAAUAUCACUAAAUAACUAAUAUUACCUAGUUAUAGUUUACCCCAAUGCUUAAUCAGGUAACAGGUAAUAUUUUUCUCCAACGACAGGAGAGAAAAAAUACCAUUCAUAUCUCAGCAAAACAUUUCCAUGAUUCUAUCCAAUUUCUUUUGUUGUUGCCAUAAGAAAAAAAAAAUAGCACAGUCGAUAUUUAAGUUAAGUAACACAAAGAAAUAUACGCAUUUUAGAUGAUAAUAAAUUGUUAAAUGUUAAAUGUAAAAUACUGCAGAUGAGGUGGGGGCAAAAAGGAGUUAAAAAAGGGUCCCAAAAGACAUCGAGAAAGCAAUACUCUCUUAUUGGGUUUUUUCAAUAAAUAAUGUACUGAAAAAAGGUAUGAAAACAAAAAUUUCAUAACUCAAGUUGUAAGUUGCUUUUUUUAUAAUUCUCAUACGUACUUGUAAUAUGUACACUAAUUAUUUAACUAUUUUAUUGUUUAAGGGGUCUAAGGAACUUUAACCUUCAAAAAUUUUGACUUUCUGGAAAAAAUAUAUGCUUUAUACGUAAUUUAAUUCUGAACAAUUUGAUACCUUAUUUAUUACCAUACGCAAGAAACUUUUCAAGUUAUCGUAAAAAUGCAUAAACUUUCACCCAUAGAGAUUUAUGCUAGCAGCUGUUUAAGCCUCUUUUUCUCAGGUGCCGGUUUCUUAUUUUGCGCGCCUGAUAUUUCAGGAAGUUCCUUAUAUAUUUCCGUAAAAUGUUUCAUGCAUAUUUGUCUGGUUUAUUUUUAUGAUCUGUACCUAAAUUUUAACUAAAAAUGAAAGCUAAUAUUAAAAUUUAAAAACAUUUUUGCCCUAAAUUUUGGAAAAAUUUGAUAUUAACUUAUAAAAUUUCAAAAAAAUAAAUAAUUUUUAAAAAAUAAGAAAAUUUAAGUUCAGAUCAUAAAAAUAAACUAGACAAACAUGCAUUGAAAAUUUUAUGGAAAUAUAUUGGAGACUUUUUGAGAUAUCACGCAUGCAAGACGAGAAACCAGCAAAACUGGCAGCUGAGAAAAAGAGGCUUAAACAGCUGCUGUCAGCAUAAAUCUCUACAGGGAAAGGUUACUCAUUUUUACGAUAACUUGAAAAGUUUUUUGCGUAUGGUAAUAAAUAAGGUAUCAAAUUUUUCAGAAUUAAAUUACGCAUAACAUAUAUUUUUUUCCAGAAAGUCAAAAAUUUUGAAAGUUAAAGGUCCUUAGAGCCCUUAAUUAGCUCAUUUCAUAAUUUUUUUAAUCAAUAACAUUAAUUAUUUCCUUCAUAUAAUUAUUGAUUUAUUAUUAUUACAUUUUAGAGACAUGUUGUCAAUUUAGAAAGGUAAAGAAAAUAGUUCCUCUUAAUCAAAUAUCCCGAAAUAUUAACUGAAUAAUAUUUCUUAAACCGACGAUAUUCAGAUUAAAUUUUGUCGACAGUAUUGCUUUAAAGAAAUCUUGAAACUCGUUAAAAUUUUUGUGUAACAUUUCAAAACACAUAAAAUUCAAGCAUAUAUUUGUUCAUUGUACCAAAAACGAAAAAUAUACUUUCUUCCAUUGAAUUGGUUCUUUUAACAUGGAUAAUUCUCUGGAGCAAUAGUGCUUAUGGUAUUCUUUUCUUUCCUUUUUGAGCCAAUUUUAUGCAGCUGUAAAAUGUUUGGUUCUUUUUUCCACAGAUGAAAAUGGAGGAUUUGAGUAUGUCUUUCAAAAUAUGUAUAAUGGUGAACCUCAAUUUGAAUUUGUAUAUAAUUUCAAAACCGGAUGAGCAAGUGCAAUGGGAAAUAAAAUUCUUUAAAGGAUUUGGAAACUGAUUUCUUGUGAAACUGUUAAGAGAAACCAACCAAGUUUUCAUUGCACAAUGUUUAUUUCUUUGAAAAGUG